GGCCAGUAAAAAACCCAUUUUUAUUUCUCUCUUGAUGAUUCACUAGUGGACGGAGUAUAAAAAACAAGAGAGAGAGAAAAGAUUUCGCCUUUCUCUCUCUCUCUUUCUUUCCCCUCCCACACCUCCCCUCAUCGCGCGAACCAACGCAGCGCAGCACGGGCGGGCGGGCGGAGACCAAGGCGACGAGGGGACAAGGGAUUUCCCCGGCCGCCGCCGAUUCAGUCCAGCAGCUAGGGUUCCUUCCCCGCCGCCGGAGGCGCCAGGCGCUAGGUGCCCCUCCCCGAAUGCAGUGAUGGACCGAUCGCCGGCACCUCUCAGCCCACCAGGUUUCGCUGUGCCGCUCGCCGUCAAGAAGCGGCAGCAGGCGGCGCCAGGCUACAGCAGCAGCAGCAGCCCGUGGGGAGUCCCUCCGGCGCCGCCCCUCACCAACAACAACAACCCCAACCCGCCCAAUGGCCUCAGAGCAGGCGACACCAGCAUCUUCUCCACCUCGCUGCCCGUACUGCCGCACGAAAAAUUGAACUUCCCUGACUCUGCACAUGGCACCCCUUCGAUGGACGAUGCGUCAGCGAAGCUUAAAGAUUUUGAUGAUGAUCCUCAGGGGAACGACUACCCGUUUGACUUUGAUCUCCGGCAGAUCGACGACCUGCUGCCCGAUGAAGAUGAGCUUUUCGCUGGGAUCACGAAUGAGAUGGAGCCAUCUUCGCAGGCGAAUCCUGCAGAGGAACUGGAGGAGUUUGAUGUGUUUGGCAGCGGAGGGGGAAUGGAGCUGGACUCAGACCCUCUGGACAGCAUCACAGCUGGUUUGGGGAAUGCAAGUAUAAGUGAUGGGAUCAGGGCCAAUGGAGUAAACAACAAUUUUGGCCUGUCAAACAGUCCUGGAGCUGUGGCUGGGGAGCAUCCGUUGGGGGAGCAUCCUUCCAGGACAUUGUUUGUGAGGAACAUUAACAGUAACGUUGAGGACUCUGAACUGCGCUCUCUCUUUGAGCAAUUUGGGGAUAUCCGGACCCUUUACACUGCAACGAAGCACAGGGGCUUUGUGAUGAUAUCUUAUUUUGAUAUCCGGGCUGCACGUGGUGCGAUGCGUUCAUUGCAGAAUAAGCCUCUGAGGAGGAGGAAGCUUGACAUACAUUUUUCUAUCCCAAAGGAGAAUCCGUCUGACAAAGAUUUAAACCAGGGGACUCUUGUUAUCUUUAACUUGGAUCCAUCAGUUUCUAAUGAAGAAGUUCGCCAGAUUUUCGGAACUUAUGGGGAAGUAAAGGAGAUAAGAGAGACGCCUAACAAAAAGCACCACAAGUUUAUUGAGUUCUACGAUGUUAGGGCGGCAGAAGCUGCUCUUCGGUCACUGAAUAAGAGCGAGAUCGCUGGAAAACGCAUCAAGUUGGAGCCAAGUCGUCCUGGUGGAACACGCAGAAGCUUGGUGCAACACCUUGGUCAUGAACUAGAAGAUGAAACCAGAGGUUAUAGGCAUUCUCCUCACGUUGGAUCGCCUAUGGCUAACUCUCCCCCAGGGGCGUGGGCUCAAUAUGGUAGUCCAACCGACAACAAUUUGCUGCAUGCAUUCAGCAAUUCACCUACUGGAAACGGAAUGAGCCCUAUCGGAAUGUCCCCUUCAAUGAUGUCAAAUGCUCUGAAGAUUGCACCAAUUGGGAAGGACAACAACUGGUCUAAAUACGAUCAAGUAUUCUCAAACAGCAACCAGUCCCUUGGCGCAGCGUUUCAGCAUUCACAGUCAUACCAAGAUCGCAGAAGUGAGCAUAUGAGCUCGAGUCCUGGGACUUUAACAGGGCCCGAGUUUCUGUGGGGCAGCCCAAAGCCUUAUCCAGAGCAUUCCCAAUCCUCAUCAAUGUGGCGUCCACCACCAGUUGGUCAUGCAAUGUCAUCCAGUAGCCGCCCUCAGGGUCAGGGCUUCCUGUAUGGUAGUCGCCAGGCUUCAUUGUUCGGAUCUUUGGAUCAAAACCGUCAUCAUGUUGGGUCUGCCCCUUCUGGCGCUCCAUUUGAGAGCCACUUUGGAUUUUUGCCUGAAUCGCCCGAGACGUCGUUUAUGAAUCAAGUUAGGUUUGCGAAUAUGGGGAACAUUGGCGGUGCUAACCGAAACGGGGGAAGCCUCAUGCUGAACAUGGCUUCUCGUGCUUCCCUGAAUCCUGUUUCUGCUCUAAGUGGAAGCCUGACAGAUAAUAACUCUACUAACUUCAGACCAAUACCAUCGCCAAGACUUGGGCAACCACCAUUCUUUGGGAACACCACAUAUCAAGGGCCUGGUUAUUAUGGACUUGACAGCUCCUCCAUUGAGCGUGGUCGCAACCGCCGAGUUGACAGCAGCGCGUUCCAGGCAGAUAGCAAGAAGCAGUAUCAGCUUGAUUUGGACAAGAUCCGUAAAGGAGAGGAUACUCGGACAACAUUGAUGAUUAAAAACAUUCCAAACAAGUACACAUCCAAGAUGCUUUUGGCUGCAAUCGAUGAGCUCCACAAAGGAACAUAUGACUUCUUCUACCUGCCAAUUGAUUUCAAGAACAAAUGCAAUGUCGGUUAUGCGUUCAUCAACAUGAUAUCCCCUGUGCACAUUGUAUCUUUCUACCAGGCUUUCAAUGGGAAGAAGUGGGAGAAAUUUAACAGCGAGAAAGUAGCAUCAUUGGCGUAUGGUAGGAUCCAGGGAAGGAAUGCACUAAUCUCACAUUUCCAGAAUUCAAGUUUGAUGAACGAGGACAAGAGAUGCCGCCCCAUUCUUUUUCAUUCCAACGGGCCAGAGACUGGAAAUCAGGAACCAUUUCCCAAUGGGAUAUGCAUCCACAUGCCUCUGGAUGGUGGGGCAGGCUCCAGCAAGGAGCCCCUCGGCUUUGAAGAGGACGACAAUCCCAGCGAGAUCAAGAUAUCCGGGGAGAAAUCCAUGGCGGGGAGUUUGUAGAUUAUAUAACCAACAAAGAGGCUUGGAGUCGCCGCCACGGAGUCUAACUGUCUUGUGACAAAAGGCGGUGUCCACCCCAAACUGUAUAAAAGUGAGGAAGAUUGGUUUAGUAGUGCAGGAAUUAUGGCGUGGCGUUGCAUGGCGCAUCUACCGGUUUUUGUCGCAGCGGAUGUCGCCCCCCUGAAGCAGCGGCUUUGAAUCGCAGUCGGGAGUUUGCUAGGUCCCCCCCUCUUUUGACCCCCCGAACUCUGUACAGAUAGAUGUGGGGAGUUGAUGAUGACUGGAUGAUGAUGCUUUUGGUUUGGUUUUCUGUAAAGAACACCAAUUGUACAGUCGGAUGGAUACUUGUGCUAGUUCUGCAUGCUUUUAUUUUCUGUAUGGUUGAAACUCAACUCAAGACAGGUCUAAUCGGGUGAUGCCAGUGUGGAAAUAUGAAUCCCUGCAUUGUGCAUUGUGAGUCA